AUGCACAAAGUGGCCCGGUGCAAUGCGAUCUCCGCCGUGCCGCAGCUGGUCUCCCCAGGGUCGGACCGGCCGGAGCGGCCGUCCAUGGCUGCAAUUGGCGGGGGAGCCGGGGCCGCGGACGGGCUCGCAGCCGCGCGCGCGGCCGUGGCGGCGCGCCGCCAGCGGGCCGGGGACGCGGAGCAGGCCCGCGGGGAGGUGCCGGCGCGCCGGCGCGUGCAGCCCCGAGGCUUGCCGCGGGAGGCGUCCGCGCCGGCCGCGGCCGCGGCGGCAGGAGAUGCCGCCAUGCCGCAGGCCGCCGGGCAGCUGGCCCUGCCAGACCCCGCUGCGCCCGCUCCCGCCGGGCGGCUGGCCCUGCCGGCCCCCGCUGCGCCCCGGGCGGCUGCUGCCGCUGCUGGCGCUGCUGGCGGCGCUCCCGCUGCUGCCCCCGCCCCCGCUGCCCCCGGCGGCGGCGCGGCCCGGCCAGCCGGCAAGGGCGGCGCCAAGGGCGGCCGCAGGCGAGGAGGCGGCGGCGGCGGCCAGGGCGCAGGCGGCGGCAAGGGCAAGGGGCACGGCGGCAAGGGGCGAGGAGCCGGCCGCGGCCGCGGGCUCCCCGGCCCCAUGGAGGAGGUCGUGGAAGCGCUGGUCGCCCUCGGCAUCAGCCACGAGCGGGAGCUCAACAUGCACACCGACCGCGUCGGCGCUUUGGUGGUGCUCAAGGACGAGGAGCUCAUCGACGAGGUGUGGGAGCUGCGGAGCGCCUGGCGCCAGGCCGACAAGGACCGCAAGGAGCAGCAGCCAGCCGACGGCCCCUUGCCCCCGCAUCCCAUGGGCAGCCAGCGCAGCAUGCUCUUCAAGGCGAUCUGCGAGUGGACGGCGGGCAAGCUGCAGGAGGCCGACCCGGGCAAGCAGGCUGCCACCGACCUCGCCGCGAUGCCGGCUGCAGAGGUCGACGCGUCCCUCUUCCGCUUCAAGCCGCGCCACGAGGCCGUCACCGUCCCUGGCGUGCGGUUCGGUGUGCUCCACACGGACGAUGGCCCGAUCGUGCAGCUGGCCCCCGGUGCUGCUCGCCUGUGCGGUCCUCCUGGCACGCCCGGCCCGGCCCCCACGGGGGCGCGCGCCGGCCUGCACGGCCGCCUCGGCGGCGCUGGCGGCGGCCCGCGGCAGACGCACGCCGCCGCCCGCAGGCAGGGCAUCUACGACGCCGCCGUCGGCGUCGCCUGGGUGCAGGCCUUUCUCGUGGCCCUGCUGGUCACGAUCGGUAUGAUCAAGGCCGCCGGCGAGCCUGUGCUGGCUGAGGUGCGUCGCCUCGUCCGCCUCUUUUGGGGCAUUCCCAACGAGCAGUGGGCCGACGUGCUGGGGCAGGAACCACUGCGAGCCGUGGUCAUUCUGCUCUUCAAGAACAAGUGCUCCCUCUCAUACCUCGACAACUAUCGCGGCAUUUGCCUGCUGAGCAUGCUGUCUCGCAUCGUUGCCAAGGUGGCCGCCACGCGGGUCUCCAAGUGGGCCGAGGCGUCAGGAUUCCACGUGCGCGAGCAGUGGGGCAACCGCAAGUACCACUCUACACGAGACGCGGUGCUGGUGAUGCGCAUACUGUUCGAGGAGAGCACUCGGGUUGGCACGAUGGUUUCUGACGGUUCCCUCGCCGCAGUGCUGGUCGACGUCAAGAAAGCGUUCCCCAACGUGCCGAGAGCCCUCUGCUGGAAGGUGCUGACGCGCCUGGGCGUGCCGCCGGCCAUGCUCAACGUGCUGCGGGGGGUCCACGAGCAGACUUUCUACGUGGUGCGAACUGGCGCUGGGGACGCCUCCCCCUACGUCCUCCAGCGGGGCCUGCGCGAGGGGUGCCCCACCAGCGGCAUUCUCUACACGGUGUUCCACAACGUCGUGCUGUGGAGGCUACGGGAGGAGCUCCGAGACGAGCAGAAGGUCCACCUGCACUUCAACCGCGCCCGGCCCCUGCCGCGCGCCACCGAGCAGCCAGACGAGCGAGACUUGACCGCUUUCGUGGCGCACUUGCUAGCCUUCGCCGACGACACUACGAUGCUCACGAGGAAGCAGCACGCCAGGGCGGUAGAGGACAUGGUCAUUCGGAUCAUGGGUCGCUUUGGGGAGACUGUGCACCCGGGGAAGACCGAGAGGCUCUGCGCCGCCGCUAAGGGCGAGGCCGCACCGCCCGGCUUCCUCACCGCUGUCCGACUGCUGGGGGCAUGGUUCGUCACCGAUGGUGGCACGGAACAGGACGACACCAAGCGCCUUCAGGCCGCCCGCCUCGUGUGGCGACGUCUACACAAGCAGCUCCCGAGGCUGCGGCUGAGCAGCCGCCUCCGCGGCUCGGUGGUCCAGGCGACAGUUGUGGCCUCACUGCUUUACGCUUGCGAAGUGCGCCCCUUCACGCCCGCGUCCUUGAGGGCCUACCAGCUCUUCAUCAACAGGGUCAUCCGCGGCAUCACGUACGACCCCAAGCGUGGCGGGACACGGGCGAUGGAGGGCGUGUGCACUACGGUGGACUUGCGCAUUGAGGCUGGGAUCGACGCCGUUCCCGUGCAGGUUCUGCGGCGGCAGCUCGGCUACCUGGGCCACCUCGCCCGCUACCCUGGCGACCGUCUGGAGCAGCACAUGCUGGGUUUGUGGCUCGCCCCGCAGCCAGAGGGCGAUGGCGCUGUCGACGCUGGGGCCCGGGCUGCGAGGACGCCUUCUCUCCGCGAUACUUAUUGGAAGCUGAUCGUCCGCGUGAUGGGGCUGACCGGGCUGCCAGAGGAGGAAUGGUCCACCCGCUGGGUCGAGGUCGCCCAGGACCGCCCCGAGUGGCGCCGCCUUUCGGACAUCCUCGUGCACUACGAGCGCCAGCGGUGGGACGCAGACGCGUGGGCCAACCGACACUCCGAGUCGGCCACCGCCUACCGCGCCGAGCUGCAGGGGGCGCAGUGCGACCCAUUCACAGGAGAGCGGCAGUGUCCACGGUGCGGGGUGUGGUAUGUCAAGCUCGGCAACCACAUGCGCCUUUGCGACGGCACCCCGCCAGCCCGCGUCGUGCCGAGGAUCGUGAACGGCCAGGCCGCCGGCUCCCGUCCUGCUCGCCCACCACAGGCCGCGGACGCCGCGGAACGACACGUGCGCCGCCACCAACCGCCCCCGCCGCCCGCCCCUGCUGUGCCGGCGCAGAGGAGACGGCUGCGCGGCAAGCAGUCCCCGCCGGCGGCACCUGCCCCGGUCGCCGCUCCCAUUGCGGACGCCGCCUACGCUGCAGGAGGUGCGGGAGGGCGCGGCUGCUGGCACGGCCGGAGGCACGGACUCGAGCCUCCCGCGCAGGCGGCCGCGGCCGCGGGAGGGCUCGCAGCCGCGCGAGCGGCCGUGGCGCAGGCCCGCCAGCGAGGAGAGGACGACGCGGCGCAGGGCCGGGGGCAGGCAGAGGCGCCGCGACGGCGCGUGCGGGGCCGCCAGGGCGAGCCGGCCGCGGCCGCUGCGGCCGGCGAUGCCGCCCACGCGCCGGCCCAGCGCCAGCGGGGGCCGCGGGGGCGCCCCCGCCUGCCCUCGCGCCGCCUGCCGGUGGCGCUCCGCAUGCUGCUGCGCCUGGCCCCGCUGCUGGCCGCGCCGCUGCUGCCGGCGGCGGAGGAGGCGGCGGCGGCCGGGCCGCUGGCGCAGGCGGCGGCAAGGGCAACCGCCGCCGCGGUGGCGGAGGCGGCGGCGGGGACGGAGGCGGCGGCGCCGCAGGCCGCGGAGGUCGUGGAGGCCCUCGUCACCCUCGGGAUCAGCCACGAGCGGGGGCUCAACAUGCACACUGACAGGGUUGGCUCCAUGGUGGUACUCCGAGACGAGGAUCUCGUCAACGAGGUGUGGGACCUCCGCGACGAGUGGCGCCGGGCCGACAGGGCGCGCAAGGAGGCGCUGCCCGCCGACGCCAACGGCCCCCUGCCAGCCCACCCAAUGGGCAGCCAGCGCAGCAUGCUCUUCGCGGCCGUGUGCGAGGCCGCCGCCGGCAAGCUCCAGGCGGGCACGCCCGGCCACGCGGCCGCCACGCAGCUUGCCCAGACAGCGCCCGCGGAGCUGGACAGCCAGCUUUUCCGCUUCAAGCCGCGCCACGAGGAGCCGAUGGCGGGCAGGCCCUGGGUGUGGUACAUCGUGUACUCGAUUCGGGUCGCCCCGGGCUUCCUGGACGCCCUCGCCUCCCUCCAGGCAGCCAACAUGGAGGGGUUGCGGUUCGGGGUGCUCCACACGGACGACGGCCCCAUUGUGCAGUGGCUGCGAAGGCAGCGCUAG